AUGACUUCCACUGCACCACCCUUGAUUCCAGAGAGAUAUCUGGACUUCCCUACCCAAAGACUGUACUUUCUAAGCCUUGGUUUGCUGUGCCAGGCUGUUAAACUGUUCGAUGCUCUGCAAUAUAAUUUUUCACCGCAAGAUGCAUCUAGCGCGUCAUACUGUCGAAAAUGGCUCUUGGUGGAUACGCUCUACUUUAUGGCCUUAUCGCAACUGCGCAUUCCUCGCCUCAAUUACAGCAGAGCUGUCACUGCGUUGCAAAUCCUGACUGCUGGCUUCCUUGACGGAGUACUAUUCGGGGGAAUCAAUGUCAAUGUCGCAGGGGGUCGCCAACAGCUUCCCACUACCCCGACAACAUACACAUUCUCCGACCUCGUAUCCACAUUGAGUCUCGGGUUGAUAUCCUGGGGAUCUCAGUAUGACAGCCAUCUGCUCGGUCAACAUACAGUACGCAUGUCUCCGAUCAGCACAGCUCGCCUUAAUCCAGACGGUCAAAUGUUUUGCCUGGAUGGGCCAGGUCACAUAGCCUUUGUACCUGUCCUACUCAACAACACCAGUCCAAUCGCUUUGCAGUACUCCCUCACACCGCUGGGCGUUCCUUUCGAAACGCUUGAGAAAGUGCCAUCAUAUAAUCUGACUGUCAAGGACCUUAAUACCAUGGAACGUAAAUACCGGGAGGAUAGUGCAGCUCGCGCCGCUGUCCCUCGGAAAGAAAAUUACGACUCGGAUGAUUACGACGAAUAUGAUGACGCAGAAGACGACGAAAGCGGCCAAUUACUCAAAUCCAGGCUCCAGAGGACUCAGUCCCUGGUUCACAUCGCCAUAGACAAGCCUGGUGUCGUUCGCCUCCACCGAGUACUUGAUCAGGCGAAAGUAGAUGCUCGUGUGCUGUAUGCCCCGGAGGUGGUCGUGGCGCCCUGUCCACGGGUGGAAUUCACAGAUGACAUUAUUUCCCGUCGCGGGAGCGACAUACGGUGCGCGGGCGAAGAUAGAGACAUCAAUUUCGAGAUUGGCCUGUACGGCGUGCCGCCGUUGAGCUUGAGGUGGUAUAGGGACGUCAACGGCAAAAGAGAGCAUUUCAUGGUGGAAGGCAUCGAAGGCGGCCACAAUGAUGACGCGCCUCAGGCCCGCGGUGACCCGAGGCACAAGCGGACUACGGAUUCACCUCAAGAGUUGAAGGUUCCGCUGACUGCGUCCUUGGAUAGUUUAGGCACGCACGUAUACGUGCUUGAGAGUGUUGCAGACGGCGUCGGGAACCUCAUCCAAACUAGUUCCCAAGCGUUGGUUUCACAGCAAGGUCGAAAGGGGAGUGUUGGUCCCGAUUCGCGCGUGUCUGCAGCACCUGCCUUGAACACGAAGACAACGCGGGUUGUGCAAGUCUUGCAACGGCCCGCAGUAUCUUUCAUGCAUUGCGGACCCGGAAGACCUGCUUCUCUACUCAUUGGCUCGGAGUUUCCAUUGACUGUCUCAGCCAAGGAAGCGGAUGCGGCGGAUUCGCCAUGGGAGAUCAAAAUGAAAUACCUGCCGUCUCCAGUUGAGGAGAGUGGGCAAGGCGGCAGAAGGAACAAGCCUUGGACCCGUACUCUUCGCACCCAGGAUGACAGGAAGGACCUCACAUUCCAGGCGAAUGCGCCUGGCGAAUACUCUAUCGUCUCCGUCAAAGGCAAGUAUUGCGACGGUGAUAUACUAAGCCCGGACAUUUGCAAGGUAGUUGAAUUGCCACGGCCGUCUGCGGAUAUUGAAUGGAGGCGAAUACAUGAAUGCUCCGGCGACACAGGCGUUGCCGCUUCUCUGAUCCUUCACGGCACUCCUCCUUUCCAAGUGUACUAUCGUAUGCAGCGCGACAAAGAACCGCCUCGUGACAUGCACACGGCGUUCUAUGGUUCCAGAGGCGAGCUCACGCUGCAGCCCGACCGCAGUGGGCAUUACGUUUUCAGUUUCCUGCAGCUCAGCGAUGCGAAUUACAAGAGAAUUGACCUUAAGGGGCCUAGCAUCGACCAAGUUGUGCAUCCUUUAUCGUCCGCCGACUUCGUGCAGAAUGGACAACCCGGCCGGGGUAAGACGAUUAUCAACACUUGCUCUGGUGACACUGUCGAUGUGGAUGUGGAACUCAGGGGCACUGGGCCUUGGAAUCUGGAUGUCCAAGUUGUUUCUCCAAGGGGUACAGAAACCAUAAAGGUCACCGAUAUCCGGGAAUCUCGAAGAACCAUAAGGGUACCAAUUCCGAAAGCUAUUGAUAAGGAAGGAGGUAGCUUCGAAAUUGACUUGGCGAGUAUCGAAGAUAAGUACAAGUGCAAGCGCACGCUCUCCGUUCAAGGUGUGUCGGUCAACGUCCGGAGAGUUAAACCCGUCGCGAGAUUCUAUGGCAAACAGGGGAAACGGAAUAUCACAGUACUGGAAAACGAGACUGCUCAUUUGCCGCUGCGCCUUACGGGCGAUGGUCCUUGGCGUCUCAAAUAUCGCCGCCGUGAAGAGCCGCAGAACCUGAUGACUGCGACGUUGAAAAACCCCAAUGAUCAGUUGAAUGUAACCAAUAGAGGUUUAUACGAGCUUCUCGAGGUCGUUGACUCACAAUGUCCGGGAACCGUUGUCGAGGAAGAAGCUACAUAUCGUGUCGAUUGGAUACCACGACCAUUCGCCAGGCUUGCUCCUGAGACGGAAGCUGUUUAUGAGCCAUACAAUAACUCAUAUAUCCUACCUUCUGUAUGCGAGGGCAUAGACGAUCACGUCGAUCUAGACCUAAUUGGACGGCCUCCUUUCCAACUGACGUACAAUGUUGCAAAGAACAGCGAGACUGGUGCCAUGACACUCCUCGAGCAACCGACAUUCAGCAGUAUCCAACACCGUACAAGAUUCCAACUGCGUACCGGUAUUGCCGGGCGGAUGUACUACGAAGUCAAGCAAAUCGGAGAUACCGCGUACCCCCUGUCUAAAAACAUGCAUGUCGCGAUACCCCGUGCUCAGCGUUUACUCUUCGAGCAGGAGGUGAUGAUGCGUCCUUUGGCUCAAUUCCAGAGCUCAUCCAGAAUGACCUACUGUCUCUACGACUCUUUCGUUCCUCACGACGAAUUCUCCACGGACGGGUUCAUCAUCCUAGACGGCACGCCGCCCUUCCACGUCAAAUUGUCAAUCAAGAAUCUGGCUGCGAGCGAAACGCACACGGAGACGGUAGAUCUCACGGAGCGCUCGUGGAAGAUCAAUUUCCCCACUUACACCUUCAAGUCUAUUGGUCCUCAUCUUGUGACGAUCGAGUCCGUCUCGGAUGCAAAUCGCUGCGAACAGGCUGUCGUGGAGCCGUCUCUAAGGUCCAUAUGGGUGGAUGUUGCAGAAAGUGCGGCCAUCAUUCCUUUCGACCGACGAGAAUAUUUCUGCGUUGGAGAGACAUCACGAUUCACGCUCGAGGGGACCCCUCCCUGGACCAUCGGAUAUCGUGUCAACGGUAAAAGCUACACUCAGGACGCCCGAGUGUCUCCGUUCUCCAUCAUCCAGCAGCAACCUGGAGAAUUUUCCAUCACCUCAGUGGCACACCAGAACAAAAUGUGCAAGACUACCGUGUCAGAUCUACGAUAUACGGUUCAUCCACUGCCAUCAGCUCAAGUCGGGCACGGCAAGAGAAUCUUCCAGGAUAUCCAUGAAGGCGACCAAGCUGAAAUCCUCUUCACCCUUGUGGGCGAGCCGCCAUUCACGUUCACUUAUCAGCGAGCGGAGCCCCCUGCAAAGAAAGGCGGAAAGCCUGGCAAGGUCCUCGAGACGCAUACCGUGUCGGGCGUCACAAGCAAAGAAUAUUCUGUCUUUUCUGCUUUGGAGGGUACCUGGACGGUCACAUUCAUCUCGGAUAAAUAUUGCCGGUAUCCUCCAGCGCAGGUCGACAAGACCGUGGAGAAAGUCGGCAGAUAA